AUGCCUUCACUAAUCUUGCUCCUCUUCUCAGCCUCUCUCGCCUUACAUCUUCUCUGGACUUUCUACAAGUCCCUUCACAAGUUCUUUUGGAUUCCAUGGAGAAUCCAACGUGUGAUGCGUUCGCAAGGAAUUGUAGGACAACCUUACAGUUUCCCGCAUGGGAACACCAAGCAAAUCGUCGAAAUGAGAAGUCGAUCCAUGGAAAGACCAAUUGAGAUUUCCCAUGAUAUCUUCCCAAGAGUUCAGCCUCAUGUCUACCAAUGGACAAAGAUUUAUGGGAAGAACUUUCUGAACUGGCAUGGUCCACAAGCACAACUGUUUGUUUCAGAGCCAGAGCUUAUCAAGGAAAUACUGAACAACAAAGAGGGCGCAUACCCAAAAAUGAAAUUAGAAGGCUUUGCAAAGAAGCUCAUGGGGCAAUCCAUGGUAACCAAUGAAGGCGAAAAGUGGGCGAAGAUAAGGAAACUAGCCAACCACACUUUUCAUGCAGAAAGCUUAAAGGGUAUGGUCCCGGAAAUAAUCCUAAGUGUUGAUGCCAUGUUAGAAAAAUGGAAAAAGUUUGAUGGGAAGGAUGUCGAUGUUUAUAAGGAAUUUGGGCUUUUAACAACCGAAGUCAUCUCCAGGACAGCUUUUGGGAGCUGCUUCAUGGAGGGGAAACAUAUUUUUGAGAUGGCAUCCAAGCUUACCUCUAUUACUGUAAAAAAUCUUUAUAAUGUCAGAUUUCCCUUAAUAAGUAAAAUAGUAAAGACAGCUGAUGAGUUAGAAGCAGGAAAACUUGAGAGGAAUAUUAAAAGCUCUGUUUUAGAGCUUGUAAAGAAAAGAGAGGCAACCAUGGUUGGAAAAUCUUCCUUUGGCGAUGACUAUCUCGGCCAACUUAUAAACGUUUAUCAUGAUCCGAGUAAUGGAAUCAUGAUAGACCAAAUAAUCGAUGAAAUCAGGACGAUAUAUGGAGCCGGGCAUUUGACAACCACAAACUUGCUUGCAUGGACUAUAUUUCUUCUAUCAAUAAAUAUUGAUUGGCAAGAGAAAGCAAGGAAUGAGGUUAUUGAGUUGUUCGGCAAUGACAAACCUAGUUCGGAUGGUAUCACGCGACUAAGAAACAUGAAUAUGAUCAUCAAUGAAGUUUUGAGACUAUACCCUCCUGUAAUGACCGUGACAAGGGGAAUCCAAAGGGAAAUGAAGUUAGGGAAUGUCACACUACCACCAAAUAUGAACAUCUUUAUACCUAUUUUGGCAUUGCAUCAUAGCCCUGAAAUAUGGGGUAAAGAUGUUCAUCUUUUCAAGCCGGAGAGAUUCGGCCAAGGGGUGGCAAAAGCCACAAACAACAUGCCUGCAGCAUUUCUCCCGUUUGGAAUGGGUCCUCGUUCAUGUGUAGGCCUCAACUUUACAACAAACGAGACGAAAAUAACACUCUCAAUGAUCUUGCAACGCUACAAGUUUAUUAUUUCUCCGAAUUAUGUUCAUGACCCGGCUGAAAUCUUCCUUGUCACUCCCAAACAUGGAGUUCAAGUAAUCUUGCAGCCAAUGUAG